AAGAAAGAGAAGAAGAUUUACCCGGAAGCCAGGUUAUUUACAGAGAACUUCUGGAGUUGCCUUCUGGCUCACAAACCAAUGGGGGAAAACGAAGACCUGGCCAAAACCAGCUGUAGCAGGACGCUGCUGGUCCGCCACUUACCAGCCGAGCUCCAACAGGAUGAGAAGGAGGACCUCCUCAAAUAUUUUGGCGCCGAAUCAGUUAGAGUUUUUUCAAACCGGGGACGUUUGAAACAUGCAGCCUUCGCGACAUUUAAAACUGAAAAGAUGGCAGCAAAGGCUCUCAGCCGGCUCCAUCAGUUACAGAUCCUGGAUAGAACCCUUGUUGUGGAGUUUGCAAAGGGCCAAGACAAUAUAACAGUUUUAAAAGACCCCCCAGUGUCCGAUGGUCAUGUCAAAGAAAAACAGAAGACACAGGAGAGUAAACAGCCAAACAUCCCUCUCAUAGAGACGGGUGUUUCUCCUAGCCUCGGGAUGAAAUUUCAUUCAAAUCCCACGCUGAAAUAUUUAUACCCGCCGCCCUCCAACAGCAUCCUCACAAAUAUAACACAUGCCCUCAUCGCUGUGCCAAAGUUUUAUGUCCAAGUGCUCCAUCUGAUGAACAAGAUGAAUUUACCGUGUCCGUUUGGUCCCGUCACAGCAAGACCGCCCAUGUUCGAGCUCUUGCCCCCCGCCCCACCCUUUCCCAUGCCUCCCCCUUUCCCCCCCGACUAUCCACCUUUACCAGAGGAGCAGUUGGAGCUGGCCAGUGAGGAAGAGUCAGAAUAUGAGAGUGAGGAUGAUGAGGAUAAAGAGAGGAUUGUACGUUUGAUGGGGCUGGUCAACCAAGCAUGCAAGAGACCCUUGAGAGCAAAAACGGCUUCAAAAAGAAAGAAGCCAAAGAUCAAGGAUCUGCUCUACAUUCCCAAACCAGACUCUCAGAGUGCUCCGGUGCUGCAGCCCUCCGAUGUGUUUGAGAACCCCAACCCUGCAGGGCCGAAAAAAAUCGAGUUCCACAUUUCAGUGCCAGAGGUGGCAGCUGUUGUGGAGGGAGGCGGGUCGGGCCAGCCUGAUGCUGCUGGUGGCCAAGCAGGUGAGAUUGAGAGUGAAAGCACCCCCAGCAGCGGCAAUCAGGAAGUGACAUUGGCUGAGGGUUUUGGGAAGCUAUACCCCAGCGCUCAAACCAACCAGCAGCAAGAAGAGAACAGCGACGACGAACAGGAUCUCAUGUCGGAUGUCAUCUCCAGGAGGGAGCUGGAGAAAGGCCGGUUGUCCAGAGACGAGAUUAAAAGGAUGUCUGUUUUUAAAAAUUAUGAAGCUGGUGAGCCGACCUGCAGAUUGUACGUGAAAAACAUCGCAAAGCAAGUGGAGGAGAAGGACCUGCGCUACAUCUAUGGGAGAUACAUCAACCCGUCAUCCGAGGCCGAGAGAAACAUGUUUGACAUUGUGUUAAUGAAGGAGGGACGGAUGAAAGGCCAGGCCUUCAUAGGACUCCCAAACGAGCUGAGCGCAGAAAAAGCCCUGCGGGAAACCAACGGCUUCGUUCUACACGACAAACCCCUCGUCGUCGUAUCCUUUUAUCCCCCUCUCGCAGGAUGAAACGAGAACAGGGGCUUUUUAAAAGGAGUGUAACU